UUGUGGCCGGGGAAACCUGAUGCUAAUUAAGUCUUAGGAAUGCCACAUACUGACAUUGUAGUGCAGGAGCCCUCAGAGUGGCUCAGGCAUGGAGGGAGACAGCAGUAAUACGUAAGUCUGAUGUUUUUACUUCUUACUGACAGUCCGGGAAGCCAGUCUCAUCAAACCCUGGAGCUGAAGGAGGAGAGAGAGAUAACUUGACGCAAAAUGGUUUUAGAAUCACCAGCGCUGUUGCUGCUGCUCUCUUGGGUAUCACUGCAAGCUGUCGCAGAGAUUUGCCGCGGGACGCACUGCUACGGCGCGGAAACAGGCGAUCCACGACCGUGCACGGGAGCGCACUGUCCGGGGACCAGAUCCUCCAGACCACCGCGACAGUUCAACCCCACAACACAGGGGAGAUCUGCACACGUAGUGGCGAGUCAACAUCAUGCGUACCAGACUUUUCCAAGAGCAGCAUCGGACGCUUAUCCAGCUGUGCAGCCUCUGCGCGGGCGGCACGGUGAUAGCGGCAGCAGCAGCAGCGGCACACGGAUGAGAGCGCCUGAAGUUUUCCCUGCAGGUUGCACGGAUUCGGACUGUGCCGCUCUUGUGAAACAGUUUCAGCCCACAAAUGACACCCGAGAGUGUAGAGGGAUCGAGUGCAGACUGCCGGCGAGGAUACGGCCAAAAUCUCGGGUGAAGUCUUGUGUGGGAGAGGGAUGUCUGGUCGGUUCAGAAGAGAGCGUUUCCUCAUCCUCCGCCAGCCAGCUUCCUCCUCUCCAUCUGUCCGACAGAGCCGCACAGUUUCUGGGAGAUUUCCCGGAGCUGGGAUAUCCGUCGCCGGAACUUGGCAGUGCGCCUUUGGGUGUCCAGCUAACAUGUGACAUCAAGCCAGGUGAGAAUGAAGUCCCCUCAGAAGAUGCCCUCAUCCUGCACCUCCAGCUGGCUAAAGGGCAGGAGAAGCUGGUGGAGGCCAUGCGAACUCAGCAGGUCGUCAUCCGAGACCUGCAGCAGAAGCUGGCGGACCAACAGGAAGCUCUUCUAUCCCAGCAGAGGGAGAUCCUGGAGCAGCAGCAGCGCAUGUAUGAGCAGAUGGAUGUGGUGAAGUCGCAGUAUGGCGUCCUCUCAGACACCGUCAAACAGGUUUCCUUCCAGGGUCUGCAGGGCGAGCUGCAGAGCUAUUUUGAGAGUCACCUGGCGGGACUGCAGAGCCAGGCCCGCAGCCACCUGCAGAAGUCCUACGCUGGGCAUAAGAUGGAUAUGGAUGCAAAGGUGAUGGAUGUGGUCGGAGAGGCUCAUCUCCCGCAACCUCUGUUGGGAUGCCCUUCACCAUGUGGGCCGGAGGAGUUCUGUGAUUUUCAGAGGGACCCACCUCAGUGUGAGAAAUGCACCAUGUGUCCACCGGGUUUCUUUUUAAUCUCACAAUGCUCUCCGACUGCAGACAGGAUGUGCCAGGACAGAGAUGAAUGCCUUGAAUUACCAAACAUCUGUGGAGAGCGAGUGAAGUGUCUUAAUACUCCAGGGGGGUUCAGGUGUCUCGGAGUUUCGGAGAGAGAGGCAGUGAUGGGUCUCUGUGGUCACGACUACUUCUACAACCAGGAGCUGCAGGAGUGUCAGGCCUGUUCUGACUGUGAUGGAGAGCCUGUCGCUGUUUCCUGCACAGCUAUCAGCGACUCUGUCUGCGGCCAGCCAUCAGAGACCCGACUCUCCCAGUCCUGGGUCGCCAAUGUGGCAGUUCCUUCUGCCGGCACCCCUGGCGCCAACAUCUUCCCCGGGCUUCAGCUAAACAUCCGCGGCAAAGAGAGCUCUGAGCUGUUGUCUAAUGAAGGGGGACAGGUGAGGUUCCUGCAGCACGGCUUGGUGUGGUUGGAUCAUAAUUUCGCAAUAAAGCACAGCUGCAGGAACUUCCUCCAGGUUGGGAUGAGGCUUAAUGGGAGCCAGGAGGAAGAAGGUAAGGACCUCAGCGGGGUUCGUAUCGAGCAACCAGAUGGGAAAUACUUCCAGGGUGUGAGUGUGAGCGGUGGAGUUGAGGUGGAGCCUAACCACACUUUAACUCUGCUGCUAAGAAGUCCUAAUCAACACUGCAACCAAAGCAAGGACAUCCACGUCUAUGAUGUCAACACUCCUUCUUUCAGUCUGCUCUGGCUGUCACACGACACCGGUGCUGUGGCCAUGACGGCUCAGAUGUCCCUGAUGGCACACUACCAAACAAGCUACCGUCCGACUUUAAGUAUGACCUCGGUGUCCGACCCAUAUAUGAUCAUACUAACCCACGACAACCGCGGUGUGCGCUUCACAGAAAGCGGGGUUGUCAAGUUUGUCUUCCAACAGGCUCUGUACUCUAUGGGCCACACCUGCGUAAGAGAGGGAUUCUCCCUGGUCGCCCAUACCAAUCGAAACGGAACUAACCAGGAGGGGAUGCAAGCCUUCAAGACGGGCGUCCAUUACAGAGAUACCUCCAUCACUCUUUCUGGAGCUGUGAGUGUGAACGGCGGGGACACACUUAGCUUUGAGAUCCAAUCUCCGUCCCAGUGCAACAUCCGCUACUUUGGAGACAACACUGGGAUCAGCAUGUUAAGCCUCAUCUGGAUUCCUUCAGCAGUGUCAUCAGCUCUAAGUGCAACCGUGUCCAGGACUGGUCUACCCUCUGGAGCAGUGAGGAAUAAACCACUGUUAUUUCAGCAGAUCAGCCCGGACACCCCACAGGUUCAUUUGGCCCGUACAGGAGAGCCUAACAGCCGGAAGAACUUUGUAUUCCACGAGAGAGGGAUGGCAAACAUAGCCCUCAACCUGAAGCUGAUACACUCUUGCAAUAUUGUUAAGCUCACUUUGCAGCAGGUUGGGGGUCAGGGCGGGCGGCCUGGUCCUUUGGCUCAGCAGGUUUCUGGGUAUAUGCCUGAAGGAAGCCAGUGGGCCAGUAUCGGGCUGAGGGCUUCUUUUUCAGUCCAGAAUGGUACGGCUGUCUUUGUCACUCUGGACUGCAUCCGCGGACGAGUUAACCAGAUAACUCACGAGGGCGGCACUAACAUUUCAAUCCUCUGGGUUGCAGUGUGACCCACAGAAGGAUGAAGCUUUUUUAAUUAUAUGCCUAUAAAAAAAAAGACAGUUUUGCACAUUAUUGAAUUGCAGAGCAGAUUCAACAAUUUACCAAAAUAGGGAAAAAGACUGGGUGAUGAAAAAAUGUUAUUCAUCUUAAACACAUAUUUUAGUAUUGUAAGACUUUUAUUGUGAAAUCUCUUUUAAGUUUGAUUUACAAACUGUAAGUACUGAAGUACUUCGGCUGGUUGAGCAGUGACCAAUUCUUUACGGGAUGUGUGUGUAUGUGUGUGUGUGUAUAUAUGUGUGGUAUUGCAGUAUAUAUGAGUGAUAUAUGUGAAGAGGUGCUCUAAUAUGUAUGUAGUUUUUAUGUGUACACACAUUGGCAUGCCUACUUUUGCAUACAUGUAGUGUGAGUCUUAUAAUAGGUUUAGUACUGUAUAUAACAAACUCUUUGUAUUUCAUAACGCAGUAAAAACAAUAGUUUGACAUUUUGAGAGAGGGAUCAUUUUACUUUCUGGAAGAGAGGUAAAUGGAAAGCUCAACACCAGCUUAGCUCCGGUUAUUAACCUGGCUUUAUUACUAAUCACCCUGCUGUGUUACAUACUUGAUUCUGAUUGGUGAAAACCCCUUUACAAUUGUUAAUUCUGAACAGCAAAAUUGAUUCUAAGGACAACCUGAUCACACAUCACAUAUAUCAAAAUAAUCCACAGACUAGUGUGCUGUUUAUGAUCUCUCAUCUUCCUGUUGACAGGGUGGCAAAAACAACACUUUCCAAUAUCAUUGGUAGACAACACAAAGGAUAUUUUUAUCAUUACUCUCAAUUUAUUUGGAAAGCACUCAGAUUUGUGGUUAAUGGCUGACCAGUCACCGCAGAGAAAAGAAGAUGAAAGACAGCGAGAAAUAGGGACGGAUGUUUAAACAAGCAAGGAGCUGAGUGAAAGAGACAUCGAGCAAAUGGAAGAAAAAAGACAUAAAGCAACCUUAUACCACAAGUGAAGAACCCUACCUCACUUUGCCCUUUACUGAUACAUUUAGCAGGCUACCCCAUGGCUCCUGAUGUCCCCCAAAGCCGGAGAUAGAAAGGACGGAUGGGGAGUGAGAGUCAGCACAUCACAGGGGUUAUCAAGUGGGCUCCUCCCAUCACUGAUGUUUCGUUUAGUUAGGCCCACGACACCUCGGAGAGGCUAAACAGUUAACUCUGGCAUCCCGGAGCAACCCCCCCUCCAUGCCAGCUCCCACAGUCCAUCAUAUCCACUAGCAGAACACCCCUAUUUAAUAACCCAACUUAUACAGCCCUGCCACGUUCAACAGACCCAUGCCCCAUAACAUGCAAGCUUCAGGUAGUGACACCGAUACCACCUACUCUACCACCUGGCCCCUAGCUGCCUCCGCCAUCCAACACACAAGAAGAGUCUGCAGCUAGAUAUGAAAAGACGGGAGGCAGAGCCAAGAUAAGAUGCUGGUCCAGGCUAUUACUCAUCUCCACUGAUCUAAGCUAUGUGCUCUACCUCCCCCUACUGAAUAUUUCCCUGAUUCUAUUUUGACCCCCAACGAAUAUUAUACCUCCUCAUCAUUAAAUGAAAAUGUUUAGUUUAAUAUAAAUUUGACCCGCAAGUAGGUUGAGAGUGCUGUUGCCUUGGAAGUGCUACCAACCAUAAAAACUGAGGGACUUUUUUAGUAGCUUUAAAAAUAAAUCAUUUUUAAAUCAAUAAAAUCAUCUCCAGUGUAAUCUUGUUUGUAUAUGUAGUUGGUAGCCGAUAAUAAGCAAGACAAGGUAUAGUUAGCUGGUCUUGUCUCACCCUGUCAGGAUUCUAUUUUGCAUAGCUAUCUGUUGCUAUACAUUAUCCGUACAUAAAGACUGGUUGUAAAAGGAAAACUUUAGCCUAGCUUUCCCUUAGGACAACAAAUUCAUCAACAAGCACUUUGGAAGUUAUCUUAUCUUUCUUGUUCAAAUACUGUAGUGUAAAAAACAUUCACCGUUUGAUGAGUGCUCAAGUUCCAGACUAUUUAACCAAGACCAGUGACUGACUGCUUCCUGGGUGCCACAGCAAAUACUCACCUCCAAAAACCUAAAAACAACCAAUACCUAAAUGGUUCAUCUUUUUCAUAUAGAAUCUUAAGAGGCUUGUUGGUGAAUUUUCCAAUCUCUUGUCAGCUUCAAAGCAAUGCUUCUGUGUUAAAAAGGUUUCAUUUAUCUGCACUUAGUCUACAUCAGAAAGUAAAAUACGCAAUCUCCAAAAUGUCAAACUAUUCCUCUGAUGCUCUCAGGAGUUUCUCAUGAAGGAGCAACACACAAAUGUUUUGUCAAUAAGCAGAUGAUGGCUGUUUUUUUAUGAUAUUUAUUUGUGUUUUUACAAACAGGACUUAAAUAUUUACAAUAUAGAAUGCAUAUCUGUCAGACAUAGUAAAGAUACAAAAGUAUGCUGAGUAUAAAGCUCUUUGUACAGAGCAUUUAUAAUCAAACACAUUCAUUGGUAGUCUUUGUCAUAUGUUUAUUUGCACACAUGUAGUUUAACAUAUUAUGCAAUGUGCAAACAUCAUACUUAGUUAUUCUUUUGGCUAAAUGCUAUUUCCCUGCAAAGCUGCUCAUGCGUGUCCGGCCUAAUUGCCUCAGUGUGAGCUCUGUCCUCUAAACAAUUAGGCACAAUUAAGUGUUUCAGGGACUUGGCAGCGAAGCGUCAGUGAAAUUCUUUAGCUUUACUUUCCAUUCAUUAUGUUCAGUGAUUUUGUUUCUCUGUGGUUGGACUCCCUGCACAUGACUUGUGGAACAUCAAUGCAUGCAUUACUGUUCAGCACCAAAUAAAAUGUACAUUAUUUUGCCAG